CCGGCCCCGGCCCCGGCCCCGGCCCCAGCCGCCAUGAGCUGCGCCGCGCCGUGUCCGCGGGCAUGACAGCGCGGCCGCCGCCCGAGCUGCGCCACGGACUCCGCCAAGGGCCAGAAGAUGAAGCCCAUAGUCCAAAGAAGAAGAUCUACCCCUUCUGUCAUUACUAAAGCUCUUGGCAAGUCAAAGUACCAUUCCAGGGAAACCACCCUUUCCUCUUCCCAUUCGGACAAUGGGUUGCCAAGUGGGGUGUUCAGCAGCCCAGGCUCCACUUUCAUCUUAGACGAGCGAGUACAACUAACUGUGGGCCUGCAGACCCAGGAAAGACAUUUGAUCUUGUUCAGUGAUGUGCUGGUCAUCGCCAAGUCCAAAUCCUCCUCCAGCCUGAAGCUGAAGAAGCGGGUGCACCUGAGUGAAGUGUGGACUGGCACCUGUCUCAGCGAAGUGACAGAGAAAAAGAUGGAUCCUGAGAACUCGUUUGUUAUCGGCUGGCCUACCACCAACUAUGCUGUCACCUUCAGCUCAGCUGACGUGAAGGAACGAUGGCUGUCGGCAUUACUGUGGCAUAUCAACGAGGUAAACCAGAAUGAAUAUCUCAAGAAUCUAACCCUUCAGAUCUUUGUGCUGGGUGCUGACAACUGUUCUUCUACCACCACCAUCAAUGUGUCCAAUGUGGAAACCGCAGAGAGUGUGAUGAAGAAGACCCUCCUGCAGCUUGGACUUCCUGUCAAGACAAAUGAACACCACCUCUGGGUGAUCUCUGGAAAAGAUGACCCUCCUUACCCUCUCAUUGGUCAUGAGCUUCCUUUCAGCAUCGCAUUGAGCUGUCUCCGGGACUCUGCUGAGCAGCAGCAAGGAACCAACAAUAACACACUCCUGGCUGAUGGGACAGAGGCUUCUUUCCUUGAUCAGCUCCCAAAGGAGAAGCAGUGCCAGUUUGUCCUGAAACCAAGGCUCCAAGCUCCAGUGCAGCUGAGGAGAGAGUCACUGCAGAAACACACCAAGAGGAAGAAGUCUCUGAUCGACUGGGCGCUGCGCCGCAGCAGCAGCACUCCCAUGGGCAGCCCUCCCUCCCAGUCACCCACCACCCCACGCAAGCUCUUUGGCCUGUCUUUGUCCUCUGUCUGUCCUGAUGGGAUUCUGCCCAAGCCAAUCAUGGAUAUGCUGCUCCUGCUGUACCACGAAGGUCCCUCUACUAGGGGCAUUUUCAGACGUUCUGCCAAUGCCAAGACUUGCAAGGAGUUGAAGGAGAAGCUGAACUCUGGAGAUGAUGUUCAGGUGGAUGGAGAGUCAGUCUUUGUGGCUGCAGCUGUCAUCACGGAUUUUCUCCGAAAUAUACCUGACAGUGUUCUAUCCUCAGACAUGCACGGACUGUGGAUGGAAGCUGUGGACACAGAGAAUCGGGCACAUAAAAUUGAAGCUAUCAAAAGUCUGGUCAGCCAGCUUCCAGAGGCCAACCUCAUCUUACUCAGACACCUUUUUGGAGUCCUCCAUCACAUUGAGCAGAAUUCUGGUGUGAAUCAGAUGAAUGCCUUUAACCUGGCUCUCUGCAUAGCACCCAAUAUGCUGUGGCUACCGAGUCCCACUGGGCCUGAAGAAGAGAGCAGGUCUACUAAGAAGGUGGCCUUGUUAGUGCAGUUCCUGAUUGAAAACUCAGGAGAGAUUUUUGGAGGUGACAUUGCUUCCUUGUUUCAAAGACCAGACAAAGAGAAGUCCAAAAACUCAGAGGGACCUCUGGGCAUAGACUUGGCUCAGCAUGAUGAUUCCUCUGAUGAGCUGGAAUUUUCUGCUUGUGAUCCAGAAGGACCAAAGCACCACCUAAUACCUGAAACAGAUGCCAUUUUUGAACCAUCCAGCAGCUUGUUACUUGAUGAGGUUCGGGAAGACUGGGACUUGUUCAGUGAGAUCACAGCCUGCUACCAAAGCCAAGUCUGGAAGAACACCAGUGCAGACAGCUAUGACCUCCUGGAGGAGGAGGGCUCCUUCUGCUCCACGGGCUCCAUCCGCUCGCUCAGCCCAGCCAGGGACCGCUGCUCGUCCGAGCCCAGCGUCUGCCUCAGCUCCUGCCCACCUGCACACAGCCACGAGCCCGUAGCCCGCCAGUCCAGCUGUGAUGCCACCAUCAUGCACAGCCACACAGGCUACAUUCACAGGCUCCAGCAGCUGCAUGUGGAGAGCCAGAAGCUGAUUGAUGAAGGCCUAAGCCCUGGGGUUAAUGCAGCCAGGCAGAGCUUGUGGCAGUCACCUCCGACCAGCUCCAGGGUGAAGCAGCCCAACCUGCAGAAAUCCAGCCUGUCCAACAGGUCCAGCUUCUCCAGCCUGUCUUCUACCACCACCUCUCCAUCUGCCUCCUCACUCAGCUCCUUAGACAGCGCUUUCUCCUACUGCUCAGAGUCAUCAGCCGUUAGUCCCACAGACGUCUCACCCCUGCCAUUCAUGUUUGGCUCGUCUGCCAGGCUUCAUGCCCCAUCCCCAAAGUUUGCCAAGAGGUCCUCAAAACAGUGGCACAAGUCCUUCACAUCUCCUGUGCCUUUACAUCCAUGUGACCUGGACAGUUUCCUUGAGUAUGAACCCAAGACUGUAGAGAGCAGGCAUUGCUUUGGUGAGAGGAAAAGUUUUCCAUCUCUCAGUGAGGCUGCUGUGGGAAAUCCACUAACUGACAUUGACUGGGAAGAGGAGGAAAGACAGCUGAGUUUUGUGGGGAGCAUGGGGCUCAGGAGGCAGGAUUAUACCAAAGAGCUUGAGCAAAACCCUGAGCCCCCAGCUGCCAGCUCAGCCAGCAAACGAUCCCCACAGCUCAGCCACCAGCAGCGUGGGGAGAAAGCAGUGAAGAGCAGAGAAACCAAAAGCGUUGAUCCCUGCCCUCCAAGGCAGGAAAGCCUGAAGCGCACCAAGAUAACUUUUUAUGUGGCCCCAAAUACAGCAAACUCUUUGGGGUCUCCAGCAGGAGAGGAGAGAUCCAUGGCAAACACUUGCAGCACUGACUCACCCAGCAGCAGCAGUGAGCAAAGCCUGUCCAAGAGCUUGCAGACUGUAAGUGUCCAUAUCCCCCAGACAGUCUUCUAUGGGCAGAAUACCCCCCUUGUCCUGCAGUCCAUCUCUAGGCGCUGCCACCAUGAACCAAUGGUCCCAUCUCUGCAGGCAGAGCACAGGGAGAGCCCCCAAAGUGCCUCCAGUCCCAAGGAGCUAGAGAGCAAAGCAGCAGAAACGGCGCAGGCGCCGACCCAGAGCGAAGGCUUGAGCACGUUCAGCCACACCAUCCGUAUCAUCCUCCCCACCUCCAUCCGGAACACUGUCAGGGAGUAUUUCAGGCAUGAUGAAACCCAGAGCUGCCCCACAGCUGAGGCAGAAGCAGUGGAGAAGGAGCUACUUCGGAGCAGGGUGGGAUGGCUGAGGAGUCAGCCGCUGGCAGAGGUGGGCACCGAGGAGCGCGAUACAGUGGCAUUUGCAGAAGAGACAUUCGUCUAGGGAGGUGGAUGGGCAAGAACUGAGUGGGAUUUUGUGUAUGUGCAGGAGAAGAUAUUCUGUAAGAUAUGAUCAGGGUGUGAAGAAUCUAGCAGGCUGCAUGGGGCAGUAGGUGCAAAGUGAGACGAAUGUGUGUAAUGUUGAGGUUUAACAUUCAUUUUGGCCAGGGCAGAGGGUUGUUCUUGUCUUUUUCUUUACACCCAUUUUUCUAUGCAAGAGACUUCAUUGACUGGGUGUCUAGUGGGCUGAAUGCCAUCAGACUCUCCCUGCCCUUGAGGUUUCUGAUCUGUACAGGGUCUGUUUAAAGCAGGAAAGGAGAAACUCUGCUUUACUUUCUCCAGUCAGCUGCUGGCACAUGUGGAUGACCAGAGAACUGGGACAGCUCAUGCUCCAUCAGAGUUAGUUAAAAAAUCUUUACACUUGCUCAGAUACUCCACUAUUCACAGUUCAUCACCACUAUUCACCCAAAGGAAAACCCUUCACCUCCAUCCCAGAAAUCACUGCUACUUCUCUCUGCACCUCUUUCAUUCCCUUUUGGUCCAGCUCCCACUCUGCCUUCAUUACUGUUUGAGGCUGAGUUCCAGAAACAACAAAUGGAGCCCCAGAGCCCAAAGUGCAGCUUUCACUGAAGAUGGCAUAUGUAACAUUUGAACCCUGAGAUUACCUUUUUCCUAAUUAGUUGUGCAUAGAUUCUCUCUUCUCAUACCUUUCCCAAAGCUAGAACUUGACUGAGUCAGAGUUACUGUAAAGGAUUUUAGCACUGUCAUUUUGGCAGGACCACAGAUAUUCGUCACAUUCGCUGUCUUCAGGGAGUAGCUGCUCCUUUUAGUCUCAGUAAAAGGGAACAUUAUAUUUCUGUAAAUGACGGUGAUAUUUCAUAAGGUCCAUUCCAGAAGCAGUGUGGAUGGGGCAACUAAUCAAAUUCCAUGUCACAGUGAGAGGGACUUGAGCAGGAUUUGGCUUUAGCAUGAGGUCAAGGAGUUGUAAAAGUUACUGAAUGUGUGCUGAAGCAAAACCCCAUCUGGCCAGAAAGUUAAGACUAUCCAGACUUCAAGAGCACUGAUGCUGUCUCAAAGAAGCAUUGAGUUCCCACUCAGCAUAGUAACAUGGCCCAGCAUGCUCCAACAAAAUUAGGUCUGGAGGAGUGCUGGGCAGAGCUGUGCUAAGCAGGCUGCUUGUAUUGUGCCACUAAAGAAAUGCAGCCAAUGAGCUCUUGCAGCAUCCCCCUGACCCCACUCAAAGCAAUGCUCAGAAGCACCAUAGCCAUGAUGGGACUUGCUCAGAGAGUGGUGAUGCUGCAGCUGUUAGCACCGUUUUAGUUUGACAGGCAUUAAGGAAACGAUGGGAAAAGUCUCAAUGGUUAAGAGUUUUGGGAUAUUUCAUUUGAAAGUUCCAUGUGAGAGCCUUCUCUGAGAGAUGUUCCUUUUACCCGGUUAACAGUGAAUGGGUAAAGGAUGAGAGAAAUACAUGAAUCCUAGUGACUGAUAGUCCUCAUGGAGUAAGUGCCCCCUGCAAGUUGCCAAGUGUCUGCCAGACCUGGAGCUGCUUGACACCUGCCAUGGCUCAGUCCUUGCACAGAGGGAGAAGCUCCCUAUGUAAAAUGAUCAAGUAGGUAUCAGACGCCUCCUCUCAUCUGCCAGGUCCCUGUGACAGUGCCAGGAAACUGGCCCAGCACUCCAGAUUCACACCAUCAAAUACCAGGGCAGGGGAGAAGGAGGAAGCCCAGGGCCCACUUCCUAAGAUGUAUUAGAGAUUGAUUUGUUAUAUACACUCAGAUGUGGCACUUGCUGUCCCAGAUCACCUUGAUUGUAUGAAAGGUGUAUAUAAUUGUAACGCAGCGCCCCUCCACACCCUCAUCUCCCUCACACACAGAACACUGAUGAGGCAUUCAGAGCUACAGUUGUAAUUAUUUCAAUAAAAGGCA